AUGGACCCUGUCUCACCCGUGAACAACGAAAAGGCUUUACCAGAAAAUGGCGUUGUCAAUGAUAAAGUGUCUUCUAAUUAUAAACCGAAGUCGGACCGAGGAGACAGUCCGCAUUCGACGACUAGCUCCACCAGCAGUGGCCAUACACCUGGCGCCAAGAAAGAGGUGAGCCGUUGUGAACACGUUUUUCCUUUCUGGCAUUUAGCCGCAUUUUGUAAGGCGGACAAAUCGAUCACUCCGAUGAACAACAAAGCGGGAACACCGACGAACUCUGGCAAAACAACACCGAACUGUGUCUCUGGCCGCGGUCUAACAAAAGCCACGCCCCUAACGCCCUAUUCUACGUUAGGACUCCCCACUGGAGUGAUUCCACAGAUGUCGAUGACGGGCGAAAUUGGCGCCGGUUACGGGAACAGUCUGAUCCAUGGCAAUAUCAGUCCAGGCCUUGCACAAUAUGGAAGAAACCCUGUGAUGACCACUUUCGAUCCUCAUACUCAAGCUCGCUUGGCAUCUUUAAGUGGAAUGACAGGAUUUCCGGGUGGAAAACCCGCAUAUUCAUAUCACGUAUCGGCCGAUGGCCAAAUGCAGCCGGUGCCGUUUCCGGCCGACGCCCUUGUCGGUCCGGGCAUUCCGCGAAAUGCGCGUCAGCUGUCGACUCUCCCACACGGCGAGGUGGUGUGUGCCGUGGCAAUCAGCAAUCCGACGAGGCACGUCUACACAGGAGGAAAAGGCUGCGUCAAAAUCUGGGACAUCUUACAGCCUGGCGUCAAGGCCCCAACCCAUAGUCUGGAGUGUUUACCACUAACCGGUCGAUGUCACUUGCAGGGUCUGCCAAAAAUCAAGGCGGAGCUGAACAAUAAUGCGCAGGCGUGCUAUGCGCUGGCUAUUAGCCCAGACAACAAGCUAUGCUUCUCUUGCUGUGCGGAUGGAAACAUUGCUGUCUGGGAUAUUCAGAAUCAGAUUCUAGUCAGACAGUUUCAAGGCCAUACAGAUGGCGCGAGCUGCAUCGACAUAUCCAACGAUGGAACAAAACUUUGGACCGGGGGCUUGGACAACACCGUGCGCUCUUGGGACCUAAGAGAGGGGAAACAGUUGCAACAGCACGACUUCACCAGUCAGAUUUUUUCCCUCGGAUAUUGCCCUACCGGAGAGUGGAUCGCUGUUGGAAUGGAGAACAGCAACGUUGAAGUACUGCACUGUUCGAAGCCUGACAAAUAUCAACUGCACCUUCAUGAGAGUUGUGUUCUCUCCCUUAAAUUCGCACAAUGUGGAAAAUGGUUUGUCUCUACGGGGAAAGACAAUUUGCUCAAUGCCUGGAGAACUCCAUAUGGUGCUAGUAUCUUUCAGUCAAAAGAAUCAUCCUCGGUACUAAGCUGCGAUAUAUCAGGUGAUGACAAGUACAUCGUGACUGGAUGCGGUGACAGAAAAGCUACUCUCUACGAGGUCAUUUACUGA